AUGUUUCAGUUGACACUUUUAGCCUGUACUUGUGUGUUGACCAUAGCCCAGAGGUUUCCUUAUGGCUUUCCUGCACAGCAGCAGUACAAGUCGGAGGCUUUUCAAGGGGCACUACAACAACAACUACAACCUGUUGCCGCUGGAACUCAACAGUUCAAUGAUGGAUCUAAUGAUCUCCAGCAACAGCUGAAAAUUCACCAACUUCAGCUUCAAGAACACGAGCGGGAGAUACAGCGCCAUCUUCAACAAGAACAACAAGCAUUACGUGGAAACUUCCAACCACAGACCCAGCAACAGUACAGCCCAGUUGCUUAUCCUGCUUUUCAGACUCAAAACCUAGAACAACAAGACUAUCGGCAACAACAGUCGUCGAAGCCUGCCACGACAACAAACUACCACCCUCCCGCACCUGUCCAUCGAGUGAAUAUUGGCGCCAGCCUCCAGGGAGACUACGAUUUUACCUACGACACGGGCAAAGGACCCCUCGGACAAAGUUUCCGCAGCGAAACCCGUCUUCCCGAUGGGACAGUAAAGGGUUCUUACGGCUAUAUAGACAGUGAAGGUCGUCAGAGAAUUGUGAAGUAUAUUGCCGGUAAAGGGGGGUUUGUUGCCGAGGGUGAUGUUGGUCCACACCACGUACCAGUAGGAACUACUACUAACCAUGCUCCACAGCCCACACCACAACAACAACAGGCUGCAACCACUAACAAUUCUUACGUGUCCCAGCAUCUUUCAACACAACAGCCUCUUAUCUCCUCCACUUAUCCAGGGAAACGAAAUUCAGCUAUUUUCGACUCUUCUCUUUUCGCUUAUGAUAUCGGAAUUGAGAGUCAGAACUGAGAAAACCACAUUAUAUUUUAUCCUGUUUAAUACUUAUAAUCAACUUGAAAUUCUCAAAAGAGUCUAAAGACUAAUACAUUUGUAUCCAAAUGAA